AUGGUUCAAAAAAACCAUGGCCCAUGUUCAGUACAUAAUUGUAAUAACCAAACAUCCCGUUUUCGACAAUUUACUUCGUUAGCAUAUGAAAAAGCUCAAAAAAAAGGAACUUACGAAGCAUAUACAUAUUUAAGAAUCGGACAACAAUUGUGUCAUAAUCAUUAUAUGAGCAUUGUUGAACCUUAUCAGAAGCAUAA